AUGAGGAAGAUGUUCGACUUUGCAAUCCCCACACACAGCAGCAGCAACCCCAUCGAGCACCUCUACACACUCGAGCUGCUGUAUGCCCGCCUGCGCGAAAAGGGACUCAAUGCUGUACCAACAAGCGAAGUUCCUGUUGAAGAAGGCAUCGGCGUUAGUUCCCUCUCACCCGAGUACCAACAAGCGAAGCUCCGGUUGAAGACGGCAACGGCGCUGGAUAGGGCUGAGAUCGUCGCCAUCGUGAGCACGGUGCACGCGAGCCUCCCGGAGGGAAGGAAGGCCUCGAAGGGCCAGCGGAAGGCGGAACAUACUUUCCUCGCGAGGGACGGUAGCGGCGGCGGAGGAGCGCCGGGCCGCGGCAACAGCGGCCGCCCCAAGGGUGGCGACGGCGGCGGCGGCGACCAGAACCUGCGGAUGGAGGACCAGGUUUCAACGUUGGCACGACGGAAGCCCCGGGGCCCACGGGGUCGCCCGCGCGCGAUGCGCGGGCGACGCAGGCGAUGGCGCCCCCUCGAGCAGGGGGGGCGCGAGCGUCCCCCCCUCUACCACGUCGGCGGGCAUGGUCGAUGUGGGCUGGCGAGGACGACCGCCACAGCGGCAGCCGCGGUAGAAGCGGAGGCAGUGGCAACGGCAGCGGCAACAGCGACAGCGAGACGGAUCUCCCUGCGCUCCGUGGGCCAGAGGCCCGGAGGCUCGCCCGCUUUGACAAGCCCGCGGAACACCAGCCGCCGCACCAGGGAGAACCCUUACCGAAACCCGAGGUACGAGUCGCCGUCGCCGCCGUCGCCGACAAGUGCCGAACCCCUACUCGCCUCGGUGGCGAGCCUGCCCACGAACAGCACGGAGGAGUUCACCCGCUGGAUUCUCUCGGCGGUACUUCACGUGGCGGAAGGGCUGGAGGCGAAGGUGGUGCGAGAGAUGCUGUGUGAGCGCGCGGAGGAGGCCAACACUGCGCGCCAAGAGGCGGAAGACUUCCUGCUGCGAGCAGAGGACCCGAUGCUCAACUCGCCAGACGCCUUCCCGACAGCUCUGGCGUGUCUCGAGCUAUGUCAUGAAUCCCCCAUAGCCAAGCGUCCGGUUGACGUAGAACCCCCCCCCAUGACCGUGGCAGGCGUUGUCAAGUCAAACCAGUGGGGGUACCGCUCUGUUGAUACGCUAGUCGAGAACGGGUUCGAGCAGUGCAAGGCGGAUCCGUGUGUUUUCCGCAAGAUGGUGGACGAAUGGCCUUUGCUUCCGGGGUUGGCGAUGACGGAUGGAGGUACCGUAAUCAGCCAUGAUAGAAAGACGCAGCGCAUUGUGUCUUUCUCUUCGACUGAGGCCAAAUCAACCCGCACUAAGCACAUCGACGUGCGCUAUCGCUUCAUUCGCGGGUUGUUUUGGUCGGGGGACAUUUCUAUUCAGUAUGCAUCGACGCCGGAGCAGCAUGCCAAUCUGCUCGCCAAGGGGGAGGGAUGGCACCUAGACAAAGGUCGAUUGCUGCACGAGACCGAGGCGCGGAAAGAGCCCGAAUCCCGGAGCGCUGGCCGUGUGUUCAACGUCGAGUUCGCCUCCAUCCCCGGCCUCGACGAGCGCGGUGACCGUCUUUGGAUGGAAUCGGCGAAAUGGGCCGCCGACGCUCUCAACCAGUCGGCGACCAAGGCCAACCCCGCACGGCGCUCGCCGCACGAGAUGUUCACCGGCGAGCAGGGGCCUUUCCGCGUGCUGCCGUUCUUCCAGCCCGGCUUCAUGCGUGAGGAUCGCCGCACCAAGCUCGACGACCAGGCCACCCUCUGCUACUACCUGAACGGUGGCGACAACCACCCGAGCAGCACCGUCAAGGUCCUCAAGGCAUCCACCGGCCGCGUCGUCUACACCAACAACGUGUCGUGGGUGACGUCGGCGCCAGCCGGCGAGGGGGGUUCCGCUGGUAUCACCGCUGCGCCGACACCCCCCCCGUUCACGCCGCCGGUCGUCUCGAUCAACUUUGGCCCAGCACCGACGCCUUCGACCGCAGCACCGCCGCCGCCAGCGACCACGCCGCCGCCCGCUCCCACGCCUUCACAACCGCCCUGUGCUACUUCGCCGUCACCGUCGGCGACCCCCGCUCCUGGCCAGCCGUCCUCUGCCUCUUCGCUGUCACCGUCGGCGACCCCAGAUCCAGACCAGCCACCGCCCCCGCCGGACCCCGCGACGCCCCCGCUUACGGCUCACGCCAUGCGGCAGCUUCGCCCGGGUACGAAGGCCGAGGGUAUGACAGACCCGCGGCUGCCAAGCCGUACGAGAUCGGGCACGAGGCACAGCACAGGACUCAUCUCGAUGCUAGACAGGAACACUCUGGUGUCGAUGCUGGAGGCUCGGAGCGCGGUGGAUAAGGAGCGCAGGGAGCUGGGGGGGGCGGAGGCCGGAGAGCCGGGGGGAGCGGGGGCCGGAGAGCAGGCGGGAGCACUCGCAGCAGUGGACCCGGGGGCUGCAGGAGCGGGCUUUCCACUCGCAUUUGCCACGCUCCUCGCCAACCGGGAAGACAUCGACGCCACGCUGCGAGACCAGCGCCCGCCGGAGCAACGCCCUGACCUUCCGCAUUGCCAGGCCAGCGACCUUCGUGUCCCCAAGAGCUACAAAGAGGCCAUGGCGUCGGAGCACCGGCACCUUUGGAGCGACUCUAUGCAAAGGGGACAACUAGUGGAGAACGCAAUUAACGCUAAGUGGGUAUUCGAUUGGAAGGCAGAUGAGUUUGGAUGGCCCACUAAGGUUAAGUCGAGACUUGUAGCGAGAGGUGAUAUGCAGAGAGAGUACAUUGACUUUGGAGAGUUGUACGCGCCUACCGUUUCUGUUUCAUGUGUUAGGAUGUUGGCUGCUUUGGCGUGCGAGUUGAACCUCGACUUGUGUCAUUUCGAUGUUGAGCAAGCUUUUGUGCGUUCGGAGUUGGAGGAAGACGUGGACAUGAGUUUGCCGCAGGGAUGUGGAGCUCUAUCUGGAAUGAUUGUACAACUAGGCAAGAGUCUGUAUGGCUUGAGACAGCUAUCAAGGCAGUGGCAUGCAAUGCUGAAGAAGUGUUUGGUGGCGUUAGGUUUUGAGCCGUGCAUGGCCGAUGCUUGUGUGUUGACGAUUUCUCAGCAGACUUUCACGGACGAGCUAGCAGCAGAAUAUGGAGUAGUGGGAGGUAGGAGCGUUCCGAUGUCUUCGGGUGUGAAGCUUUCUGAUUUUGAUGCGGAUGAGGUGGCGACAGAGUUUCCGUUUCGUGAGCUGGUAGGAUCGUUGAUGUGGCUGGCGACUCAGACUAGACCAGACAUUGCGAAUGCAGUAAGGGCAGUAGCUAGGUAUUGCGCAUCUCCGAAGCUGGUACACUGGAAUGCAGCGAUGGAUAUUUUGGGCUAUGCGAGGAGGACGAGUCACUUUGGUAUUUCGUUUCAGAGCGCGGACUUUGCAAGCAAGGCAGCAGACCGUAGGUCGGUAUCAGGGGGGAUCGUGACGUGUGGAGGAGGCGCUGUGUCUUGGUUUUCCAGAACGCAGAAGUGUGUCACGCUUUCGACCACCGAAGCAGAGUACGUCGCGCUAGGUGACGUAGUGAAGGAGAUUUUGUUUUUGAGGCAGAUUUGGCGUUUCAUGUUGCCGCAGGUCGGCAUGCCGUGCAUCCCCAUCUUCGAGGACAACCAGGGGGCGAUUCAACUAGCGCAGAACCCCAUCUCAAACUCGAACUCGAAGCACAUAGACAGAUGUAAGGCACCAUUUUCUCAGGGAACUGGUUGA